AUGAGUGGAACUUACCCUUUCCGAUAUUUUAUAUUCAUGAUAAGGAAUGAGCUAAGAAUAUUUGAAUCCAUAGACAUCAAAAUUCCAUUUUAUUUGCUAGGUUAUAUUCUUCCAAAAGAUGAACCGGAAAAAACUUCGCCAUUUGGGAUGGAUAGAUUGAGGGUUGAUAUAAUCAUGAAUAUCAUAUGUAUUUUGCUAGACGAAGGGGUCAUAUACCUAACGCUAUGCGAAAACGAGUUUUCAAAGAAGUUGGCGUUCAGUUACCUCGAUGAUCUAAGGGCGGAAUUCAGACUACGAUAUAUCGACAAAAUCCCAAGAGUCACCCGGCCUUACACCUUUAUCGAGUUCGACAAUUAUAUUCAAAAAUCGAAGAAAUCAUUCGUAGAUUCUAGGAGUAGGAGACAUUUGACCCACAUCAACACGCAAUUGCAAGAUGUUCAAAAGAUAAUGGUACAGAAUAUAGACGAUGUUUUGCAGAGGGGAGAGGCUCUGUCAAUGUUAGAUGAUAAAGCCACUCAUCUGAGCUUGCUCUCCCAAAAAUACAAAAAAGAGGCCCAUGCGCUCAAUUUAAGAAGUUCUUACCUCAAGAUAGGAAUUCUACUUUUCCUUGUCCUUAUAUUGUGCGCUUACAUUCGAUUUUGGUGGUUUUGACGAUAUUUCUAUUUAUUGUAUUAUCUUAUAACUGAAACUUAUUCUUAUUAUUUGCUUCUUUCUAUUCAUCUUAAAUUCUUCUUUCUAUUUUUAAUUUUUUUUUUUAUUCAUUACCAAGAUGUAUUAAUCUUUGAAUUUGUUAUAUCUUUUGAUAUUUUUCAUUUUGUUUUAUUAUUAAAUUUGUUUGUUAUUCAAAAUACCAAUGUAUAUUAAUAAAAUAUUUGAAUGAUAAAUAUUUUGGAGUGCGCCUUAUUCUGCUCACUGAAAAUGAAACACUAAUAAUUAGUUCUAAUUAAUUAAUAUAAGUUGUAUAUAUUAUAUAUUUAAAAAAUAGUAGAUAGUAGCAGCAAGUUGUUCUUGUACCAAUAUUAAUUAAGAAAACAGUAAAUAAAA